GGCCCUGUACUACACUUUAGUACUUCAUUGGUUUUUUUGUUCAUUUUUAUUUCUUUUUAAUCGCCAGAACUAAUUUUUCGAUGCAAUUUUUUAAAUUUGUAAUUAUUCAAAUAUUUCGACGAUGACUUAUUUUAAUUCGUUUUUAUUAUUUACAAUUUUGUAAUUUAUUAGAAUAAUUUCAAUUUCCAAGAUAUCCUUAGUUUCAUUGCGUCUAUCUUAAAAAUGUUGACAUCCCAGUACCAUUAAAUGCAAAUGUAAAUGUACUAACACCCACUAGCGCAAGUAUUCCUGAUCUCAACAAUAAACACAGUUGACUGUUGAGAAUGUGAGAUGUCGAGGCACCGCAUUGUGCGGAACUAUAUAGGGGUAGACAGUGAGUACUACGACGAUGAGGUGUUCGGCAGAAGUGUUGAGGAGGACACCCCUCUCUCCCCUUCUCUCAGCCAGUUUAUUUACAACAGAGGAGGUGGACCAGAGACGGAGCCAGAGUAUGGGCAGCCCCGCGCGUCAGUAGAUUGCGUGCAGGAGGAGGAGGAGGAGGAUGUGGGGAACGCUGAUGAGGAGGCGCUCAACACUAUGUAUGACAUGGGCUUUGAGAUGGAUUUGUGUAAGGACGCGCUGCGUCAGUACGAUAACGACAUGACACGUGCACUAAACCACGUGUUAGAGAAUGGCGCGCAGCAGCACGUGCAGGAGGCCACGGUGCCGGCUGGUAGACCAGUGCACCAGGAGCAGCUUGCUACUGAGCUACAGAAUCGGUUACAAGUUGGGGGAUCAGGAGAUAGCACCCCUACAAACUGUCUUACUCCUGUCAAGUGUAACACUCCCAAAUCUAAUACUCCGAGAUCAGGGUCUCCUCCAGCUAUCAGGCGCCCUCCCCGGGAACCCAGUUCUGCUAACACCACACCUAAAGCUAAAAAGAGCCGACCUAAGGAUAUUGAUGUUCUGGGGAUACUUAACUCUAAAAUUGACACUCAACCUCUUAUCAAUGUGGCCGUGGUGGGUCAUGUGGACGCAGGUAAAAGUACUCUAAUGGGACACUUACUGUGUCUUCUGGGUCACGUCAGUAAAAAAGAGCUGCACAAAAACAAGACAGAAUCUCAGAAACUAGGAAAAGGUUCCUUUGCCUACGCGUGGGUACUGGACGAGACGGGCGAGGAACGAGAACGUGGAGUUACAAUAGAUGUCGCCCAGACCAGAUUCCAGACUCCUAAGAAAACAGUAAAUCUACUGGACGCACCCGGACACAAGGACUUUGUUCCCAACAUGAUCUCCGGAGCCUCCCAAGCAGACUUUGCUAUUCUGGUGGUAGACUCAACCCCUGGAGGAUUUGAAGCAGGGUUCGAACAAGGAGGGCAGACUCGUGAACACGUGGUGUUAGUUAGAGCCCUGGGGGUUCAAACUCUGAUAGUUGCAGUUAAUAAGAUGGAGAAUGUGGCGUGGGGUAAGGAGAGAUAUGAUCACAUAUCUGGGGAGUUGACUGUGUUCUUGAAGACUGUCGGGUUUAAGAACAGUGAAGUGAUAUUUGUACCUGUGUCUGGGUUGGAGGGGGACAAUCUGUUGGAGAAAUCUAAAACACCAACUCUCACUGAAUGGUACAGUGGAGGUUCUUUGGUAGAUAUUAUUGACGGUUUAGAAGCCCCCAAACGUUGUUACGACCGUCCAUUCAGACUUAUUGUCACUGAUGUUUUUAAGCACCCUCAAAUGGGACUCAGCGUCGCUGGUAAGGUUGAUUCCGGGUUUGUGAUAAUGGGAACCCCAGUAGUAAUCAUGCCGGGAGGAACUACCGCUAUGAUUAAGAGCAUGACCACAGUUGACGACAAGAGUGUUGACUACAGUGUCGCUGGGGAGCAGUGUAUUCUAGUGGUCGGUGGUACGGAUCAGACCAAGAUCCACAACGGCAAUGUGAUAUGUGAAUCACAAUCGAGAGUGCGAACCACCCUGAAAUUUAAAGCCAGAGUCCUGGUAUUCAACAUUGACAUUCCUAUCACUAAAGGCUUUCCUAUCGACCUUCACUAUCAGACGGUGAACGAGCCGGCAGUUAUCAGUAGAUUGAUUUCGACUCACAGCAAAAGCAACGGUCAAGUUCUCAAGUCUAAACCUCGUUGUUUAACUAAAAACCAGGUGGCGCUGAUAGAGAUUAAGUGCGAACGAGCCAUUUGUCUGGAACUAUUCAAAGACAGCAAGUCCCUGGGAAGAAUCACUUGCAGAUACGGUGGAAACACAAUAGCUGCGGGCAUGGUCAUUGAAAUCACGUGAUUAACAUUUAGACUGGUCUGUGAUACUAGAACUAUUUAGAACUGAAUUAUUAGCGCAGUGAAUAGAGAUGUUUGAGUUGAAAAGUGACAAAAAAGUUUCAUAUGUCAAGUUGCCGUGUUUCAUUUAGCCUAUAUUUUGGAUGGGGUUUUGUUUGAACAGAUUUAGCGUUACAUGUAUAACUGAUUUACAUCACCUUCUGAUUAAUGAAGCGAAAAUCUAAUAAGAUUUAGAUUGUUUUAUUUUAAUAAUUAAACUUUAAUUAAGAUUUAGAUAAUCACACUUGUUUUAUGAACGUUGUAUUUUAAACUCAAGUUUUAGUUAAAGAGGAAUUUAAGUCAACUAAAUGAGUGAUAAAUUAUGAUCAUUCGGGCAAAAUCUAUUUUUACGCUUGAUAAAAACAGUGUGUGAUCGAACACUCACGAUGUUAGCUAACUUAUUUGUAAAAAUAAUCGUUCUUAAAAUGAUCGCUGUGAAGGUGAUCGUUGACGAUUUUAUAAAAUUUCGAAUAGAAUUUAAUGAA